UUGGCUCUGGCAGGCUGUGACUCGGGCUUCGGGCAGGCGACAGCUCGGCACUUGGAUGCCAUGGGCUUCCGGGUUUUCGCCAGCGUGCUGGACCCGCAGGGUCCCGGCGCCCAGGAGCUGCGCAGGAGCUGCUCGCCGAAGCUGACGCUGCUGCAGAUGGACCUGACCAAACCGGAGGACAUCCAGCGUGUCCUGCAGCACAUCCAGGCCCACACCAACAGCACAGGGCUCUGGGGCCUGGUGAACAACGCCGGCUUCAACGACACCAUCGCUGACGCCGAGCUCUCGCCGCUGGGCAAGUUUCGCACCUGCAUGGAGGUGAACUUCUUCGGCUCGCUGGAGCUCACCAAGGGGCUCCUGCCUCUGCUCCGCUCCGCCGGCGGCCGCAUCGUCACCGUCAGCAGCCCCGCGGGUGACCUGCCCUUCCCCUGCCUGGCAGCCUAUGGGGCCUCGAAGGCGGCGCUCAGCCUGCUCAUGGACACCUUCCGCAGCGAGCUCCAGCCCUGGGGCAUCAAAGUCAGCCUCAUCCUGCCUGGCUACUACAAGACAGGUAAGAGGAGCAUCGGUGUCGCUCGCUGCCUGUGCCCACAGGCAAAGGGCAGGUGGCCUUUGGAGGCAGGAGCAUCCCCAGCCGCCUCCUUGGGGGUGGUGGCCGUCGGGCUCUGGUUGGUGAGAG